UGGGGUCCGCACGUUAGCCAUCAGUCUGUCUAUGAUAAACCUUAUAUUCUCUGAUUUCAAAAUACAGAGGAAAAAAACUUCGAUUUGAGAAAAUGAAAAUGGGUGUUGGAUAUGCCAUAAUCUUGAUUUUAGUGGCAUCAAUCAGUAGAUUGGCAUCCGGGUGCUACGACUCCAUCAUUAGCUUCGGCGAUUCGCUGGCCGACACCGGCAAUCUGCUUCUGCUCAGCCCACCAAACAACCCGCCGCUAUGCGGGCGCCCGCCCUACGGCCGAACUUUCUUCCACCGCACCACGGGACGAUACUCCGACGGCCGUCUCGUCAUUGAUUUCAUUGCUGAGAGUUUGGGGCUGCCGUUGGUGGAGCCGUACGCUGCCUGGAAGAUUGCGGCGGAGAAAGGCGGGAGUUUCAGUAAAGGAGUGAAUUUUGCGGUGGCCGGUGCUACGGCGCUUGAUACUAUGUUUUUCGACAAGAGAGGAAUACAGAAUCUGGUCACGAAUGCUAGUCUGGGAAUUCAAUUGGAUUGGUUCAAGCAAUUUCUUGCCAGGAUUCCAGAUGGUAGAAAAUUUCUUAAAAGCUCUUUGAUUGUGAUGGGAGAGAUUGGAGGCAACGAUUACAAUUAUCCCAUCCAGCAAGGAAAUGUAGAUCCUCAAGUGAUUCGAUCAUUGGUGCCAACAGUUGUUAACUACAUGGGAUCCAUAAUUGAGGAACUCAUUAAGCUUGGCGCUGAGACAAUGUUGGUACCUGGGAACUUGGCACUCGGUUGCCUUCCACUCUAUCUAACACAAUACAAGACAUCCAGUACCGAAAACGACUACGAUCCCAAAACUGGAUGUCUCAAUUGGUUGAAUGAGUUAUCCAUAUACCACAAUGAACUGCUCCAGAAGGAAUUGUUCCGCAUACGACACCUUCAUCCUCGUAUUUCCAUAAUCUACGCAGAUUAUUACAAUGCUACCAUUCGCUUUUAUCUCUCCCCGGACCAAUUCGGGUUCACAAAGGAAUCAGUUCUAAGAGCUUGUUGUGGAGGAGGAGGCCCCUACAACUACGAUCCGUUGACAGCAUGCGGAAUUGAUCGGCCGGCAGCAAACUGUUGUGAGAACCCUUCAUUGUUUGCUAGUUGGGAUGGUAUACACUUCACAGAGGCCGCCAAUAGAUGGAUAGCACAAGGUUUCAUCCGACAACAUUAUACUCAUCCUCCCAUCAAAACUCUUUGCCCUUCCGUAGCAACGGCCGGUGCUGGAUAUUACGAGUAUCAGUAAACAACGUGCGAUGGAGUAUUUAUAGAAGCUAGAACAGUGGCGUAAUUGCGAUUUUUUUUAUGUAAAAUUACAAAGUUUAAUUAUUUUUGUCAUGAUAUUGUAAUUGAAUUUACUCAUUUUGGAAACUAGUAGUUAUGGACUUGUAUACGUGAGAUGAGGAAAUAUAUAUAGCAUUUUCCUUGAAAUAGCAUACAUACAUUUAUUGUGAA